GUUUAUGCUCUGAUACCAUAUUAGAAAUGGGCCACUCACCCCUUAAAAGACCUUUUAAGGGGAGAGUGGCUCGUUUCUAAUAAUAACUGUGUUCUUCCUGCAGAAGUAGAAGUAAAUCAGCUACAUAUACAUUUUCUGAAAUGUUCAGAGGCAACAACAGCAACACUGCUUCCCCAUCGUUUCUUGAAAACCAUCUUCAAUACCUGGCAGAUGUCUCAAAUCAGCUGCAAUCAUGUGGAAACUUACCUGUGAAAUUUCAUUCGGACCCAGUAAAUUAUCUUGGAAGUAACAACAACGCUCCAUUCCUCCUGUCGAAUAAAUGUAGAAGGGAUGCUGAAGCCAUUCCGAGGCUGCAAAAUUAUCCAUUUUCCUUGAGCAAUAAAACUUCAAAUGAUGAAUCGGAGAGAAGAGCCAGCACGUUGAACCUAAAUCCCGUGUCCACUGGUUUAAGACUCUCUUAUGAUGACGAGGAGCGGAACUCCUCCAUCACUUCUGCAAGUGGAAGCCUGACGGUAGCAUCGUCAGUUUUUCCUUAUCUGAGCAAUGACAUAAAAAGUGAACUUGAUCAUCAAAAGGAAGAACUAAACCACUUUAUCAGAACUCAGGAAGAAAAUAUGGUGAAAGGGAUCCGAGCCACGAGGCAGAGACACAUGGCUUCUUUCGCAGCUGUAGAGAAACGCGUAACCACAAAGCUGCGCGAAGACAUUGAGCUGGAGACCAUAACCCGCAGAAACAAAGAACUGGUUGAGAGCAUGAAGCAAGCAACGAGUGAGGCCCAGAACUGGUGCUAUAUGGCCAAGUACAACGAGUCAGUCGUGAAUGUUCUGAAAACCAAUCUCGAGCAAGCCAUGCGGGGGUCAAACGCAGGCAAAGAAGGGCGUGGAGAGAGCGAUGCCGAUGACGCUGCGUCUUGCGUUGAUCCGAACAACUACCUCAGCGUCUCCGCUCCCACGAAGAAAGACCUCAUCUGUAAAGCUUGCAAAGGCAAGGAGGUAUCCAUUCUGUUAAUGCCGUGUAGACAUUUCUGUUUGUGUAGAGAGUGUCAAGCCUUUGCAACUGUUUGUCCUGUCUGUCAGAUGAUUACAACUGCUAGUUUCGAGGUCCAUCUAUCUUGAAUGGAGUAUCAAUCAAAUGGACUAGUAUUUAACUUA